CCAAAUCUUGAUCUCAUCACUUUUUUUUUUUUUUAAUCAAAUGCAUUAUACUUCAACGUCCAUAAACGCCGGCGAAGAACCGCCACCGCCACCUCCGCCUAUUCCGCCGCCACCUUUACUAUCAACCGAUCUAUCUCCGGCCAACUUCUUCAUGCAACCUAAUACUUCUAUGUUGAAUAAUCAUUUGCCACUGCCUAAUAACUCUCAAGUUGGUUGCGAUAAUAUUGAUUGGGCCGGGCUUUUUUCGAGUUCCACUACUAGUGGUAUUGACACAGAAUAUUUCGUGCACCGGACUGCCCCCGUUAAUAAUAAUAAUGAGCCAACAACUAUGCCAAACAUGUCGAUAACUCCUAGAAAUAUUAUGAUGGAAGGCGAACAACAACAACAACAGCAACAACAACAUCAACAACAACAACACGAUGGAUACUGUAGAGACAAAGGAAAGUUCAGGAAGAGAAAAUAUGUACCACCUAGGAUUGCAUUUCAUACGAGGAGCACUGAGGAUAUUCUUGAUGAUGGAUUUAAGUGGAGAAAAUAUGGUCAGAAAGCUGUCAAGAAUAGCUCUCAUCCAAGGAGUUAUUAUCGAUGUACACAUCACACAUGCAAUGUGAAAAAGCAAAUUCAAAGACUUUCAAAGGAUACAAGUAUUGUGGUGACAACUUAUGAAGGAAUUCAUAACCAUCCUUGUGAAAAGCUGAUGGAGACCUUAAGUCCAAUUUUAAAACAACUUCAGUUUUUCGCCAGAUUUUAAAUUAUGUAUUAAUUAUACUAAAUGGGAUAUUAUCUAAAUGUCUCAAAUUGAAAAGUUAACGUAACAUAUGUUGGUGUUUCAUUGUGUUGAUCAUACGUAUAGCAAGUCAAAGUGUACACUUCUGUAUAGAAAUGUAAAUUAUAAUACCAUACAGUCGAUAAAAUGAGGAUAUAUAUUACUAAUGUUACCAUGUUAUGUAUUUAUGUACGAAUGGAAG